UGUAUUGUUUUCGUUUUAGGCUGAAUAUACAAUAUGUAAAGAUAAGGCUAGCUAUAGCUUUGCUCAACUCUUAAACAGGACAUUGGUAUGGUCAGGGACAUCUUCUCUGUUAUAACAGAAUGGGCAGUUAUAUCCUCAUGGUAAUUGUGACGGCUGACCAAGAAGCAGCAAUUGAAGAUCUGUUUCAAAUCAAAGGAUGGACAUACGAUAAAACUGGAGUAGUUCCAUUGCCAAGGGAACAAACUCUGUUAGGUCUAAAUCACAACAAACUUGCUGACUGCUCACCAGGUGAUAUCCAACAAACUUUCCAUCCAUCUUAUCAUCAAAGUGUAUCACAGAUUUCUAACUCGCUGCUAACAGUAGAUACUGCAUCAGCAAAAGAGAUACAUGAAAAAAGUUUGACUGCUGAAUCGCAGUGCCAAAGCAUUAUGGUAAAAAGUACAAGUGAUUCAAAUCUAGAGAAUUCACAGGUUUGUCAAAACAGAAUUCAGCGGCUCCCUACAUGUAAUUCAGUUAAUCUUAACUACUCAGAUAUAUCAAGAGAAGCAAGUAAACAGUUUGAAGUUAACAGAGUUGAUCCAACUACACAAGCAACUGUAAAGAAACAAGAUUUGCAUCAACCUGUGAAUUGUACGUCUCAUUUUACAUCUCAAACAGCAAAAUCUAGUGCAGAUUUGUAUAAAGACAGCUUAACAGUAUUAGCGGAUCAAAGAAAUGAGGCUAUUGGUGCAGCUGUUUCAGGUAAACAUAACAUGGAGAUAAUUAUGUGUAAUGUCAACAUUGAAGAUAAGUUCCAAGAAUUCAACAUGGUUAAAAAUGGAGCUCAUGUUGAGACUGCAAAAGAAUCUGUGAACGAUGAUUCAAAAUCCUUUCUUGCUCAGAAAGAAAGGAUUGAUUUGAAUAAUGGUACCAACGUUUCAAAGAUGUCCAACCCUAGUUUAGAGGAUAGGUGUAUUGUAAAUGCUUGUUUUGAUAACAAAUUACUGAAUGACUUUGAUAUGAUUUGUAAAAUCUUAAAGAAUGCCAUGCAAAUAGAGUUUGACAAGAAACUAAUUCUGCCGAAAUUGGAAGAAAUUCUAACUUCUGGAAGAUAUUUGUGGAAUAAAUCUUCUGAAAUGGGAAGAGUUGGUCAAGGAAAAAGAGAAUUGAAUAAAGAUUGCUUUCUGAAUGAAAAAGAUAAAAGUUAUGGAGUCCGAGAAGAAAAGGAAGUCAUUAAUGAUUUAGAUAAACAGAAAGAAAUUGAAGACAAUGAUACUGAUUUAAUUGAAGAUAAAAGCCCAACUACACCAAUGACUUUCAAUACUCAAGAAAUUGAGGCAGACAGUGAUUUUAUAGGUAAUUCUGGAACCAUAGUUAAAGAUGCAAGAAAAUACAAAAAUGUGAAAAUAAAGUCAGGUCAAAGUGAAUCUUAUAGUAAAAGUACGAAAUGGAUAAAAUGUGAGAUUUUGAAUUGUUCUGGUGAUAUUGACAAAGCAUUUGAAGAGAAUGCAAAUGAUAUUAAUCAUCUUGAUGGUGUUAGUUCUUUAACAAGUAAAUCAAAGGAAAGCGGGAAGUGGAAAUGUAAUAGUAACAAACAAAGUAUUGUCUUCUAAUG